AGCGAAAUCAAUGCUGACAUGAGUGAGAGCAAGGUUUUUGAGGGGGAGGGCGGUAGUAAUGAAGGGCUUCCGGUCAAUGAAGACAGUAAAAACAAAGGAGGUAGAAAAAAAACUGAGAAGAAACAUAAAGAUGUACAGCAGGAGGACUUGGAGAAAGGGGAGGACAGAAGAGAUAGCAAAGAAGAUACGAAAUUGUAUAAUCUAACAGAGAAAGGCACUUCAUGUGUCUCACCAUCGACUCCAACCUGCCGUCGCUUCAGGCUGUGGGGUAGACUCAAAGCUCAUUCAUGGCCCGCGAUGCUAUCAAAGGAUCAAAAGGAAAAAGCUCUGUCAGAAAAUCUGUACCAAAGAAGAGGAGAGGGUGGGAGUGCAGAUGUGGAGGAGAAAGAGGGGACUGAGGAACCACAGAGUGUUUCCCCUUCGAUCUCCCUCCUGUCCUCUUUGCACUCAAGUGUGCGGAGCAUCGUCGGACAGAUUGGUAACCACUUGUAUCAGAUGCCUAAGUGGAAGUAUCGCUUGAUGGUAUCUUCUAUUGUAGUCCUGCUCAUCUCCUUCCUGCUCCUCCUCUUCGUUUCAGUCGUCUACGGUUUCGGUAUGAGCCUACCGCACAUUGAGGUAGUGGCGGUAGAUGUGGUCUUGCCCCUCCCUCCAGACGGCUCGCUCCCUGUCCGCUCUCUCAUGCGCGUCAACAACCCCAACCGCUUUUCAAUUUUGCACUCACCAGCUCGCAACCUAGGGUCGGGGACGCUCUCUCAACUAACCCGUUUCCGCCGUAUGCUCGCGCCACGUGUUCGGCUUCCUUUCCUCGUAUCCGGACAGGUGCAUCCCACAGACAUUAGUGUUUACUCCCACCCAACCCGCUCCCCCGGGUCUUUGCUGGGCGUUUCGACCAUUCCAGAGCAUCUUCUGCACGCCCGCGAGGGCGCCCACACUACGGAGUCUGUCUUUGUCGUGCGCGACCUGGGCUCGAUUGAGAAAUCCUUCGGAUUGUCCUUUCGCAUCGAUGGGGAAGGUCGUCGGGUUGACGUCCGCUUCUCCUAUCUCUCGCAUCCCUCACAGGGUGGUCCAGACCUAGCCGAAGCCGUGUUGACCGGUGGGCCUACAUUUUUUUACACGAGGGCCAAGGCGGAGCUCACGGUCAUGUCUUUGGGAUUCAUGUCCAUUGGUCGCGCCUAUAUUUUAGAGUGCACUGUUUUGAAAUAUUGGGGUAAGGACAUUCUUCUAAGCGACUGCUACGGCCGUUUCACACGCUAACGGCAUACCUUCGCGCGAUUCAACACUGCACGCCUCGACAUAGACAAGCAUAAGUUGACCUUUUUUUGUCUGCAGGGAAAAUAAUGUAUCAAAUCCGUCUGGUCUAUUUUUCCGACUUGGACUUUCCCUUCGAUUUGCAGGAAAUUUCAGGGGCAUGUAUUUGUAACAGAAAUCAUAUUGGGAAAGCAUCAGCAUUCAAUGUCUCUAUCAG